GUUACUUAAAUGAAUUUCAAAUAUCACACUACUCCCACUUAACUCUCCUCCGCCUCAACCACUCUCAGUCGGACAACAUUCCGACGAGCUCCAACCAACGGCCACAGCCUCCAACGAGCUCCAACCAGCGACCACAGCCUCCACCACCAACGACCACAACCUCUACCACCAGCGACCACAGCCUCCAACUAGCCACCAUAGCCUCCACCACCAGCGACCAGCGACUUCCACCAGGUGAGCAAUGA